CACGCCUUUUCUCCAAUGAGAGAAACUGUGCCAGUUUGUAAGCGUUUCACUCAAACCAGACCUAUUGGGUUAGAAACCUGUUUUCUAACUCACAAAUCCAGUGCAUGGAUAUAUAUAUCACGAUUCAGCCGCACAUACAGAGUCUGUGGGCGACGGUGUCUCUGCGGCUGUUACACGUGUUGUCAUCAUGAUGGAAAUGUAAGGAAUGAUACAGCUGAAGCGUCAGAGGGAGGAGAGCAGUGCACAGGGCAUGAAGGCAGCUAGCACCAAGCAUCCAGGUCGAGGGAUGAUCAAGCUAGCACUGCAUUAGCAAGCUGUAUCAUAUCCAGAGGAGAUCUCCAGCUAUCCAGUCGUAAACAGAGGGCAAAUGCAACACGUUGCUGGCUGACUGUCAUUCAUAAAGACUGAACCUAUUCAUGGGAUGACGGCGUCCUUUGUGUUCUGCUGCAUCGCCGCUGUGCUUGUACGACCUGGCCUCUCAUCUCUCUCAGCAUCUGAACUCAUACUGGCCUCCUGACAUCUGUAAGGCUCAUGCGGCGCUUUGUUUACUGUAAGGUGGUGCUUACCACCUCGCUGGUCUGGGUGCUGGUAGAUGUCUUCCUGCUGCUGUACUUCAGCGAGUGUAACAAAUGUGACAACAGGAAGGAACGCUCUCUCCUGCCUGCUCUCAGAGCCGUGAUGUCACGAACUCGUGAGGGUCCAGGAGAGAUGGGGAAGGCUGUGAUCGUCCCGAAAGAGGACCAGGAGAAGAUGAAGGAACUAUUUAAAAUCAACCAGUUCAACCUGAUGGCCAGUGACAUGAUAGCACUCAACAGAAGCCUGCCCGAUGUUCGAUUGGAUGGGUGUAAAACAAAGGUGCACCCAGACGACCUGCCCAACACCAGCAUUGUGAUCGUUUUCCACAACGAGGCCUGGAGCACUCUCUUGCGUACCGUACAUAGCGUCAUUAACCGCUCGCCGAAGCACCUGCUGGUGGAGAUCCUACUGGUGGAUGAUGCCAGUGAAAGAGAUUUCCUGAAGAAGACGCUCGAGGACUAUGUGAAGACACUGGAGGUACCGGUGCGGAUCUUGAGGAUGGAGCAACGUUCAGGGCUGAUCAGGGCGAGGCUGAGAGGAGCGGCUGCUACCAGAGGUCAGGUUAUCACCUUCCUGGAUGCUCACUGUGAAUGCACUAUUGGCUGGUUGGAACCACUGCUCGCCCGCAUUAAAGAAGACAGGAAAGCUGUGGUCUGCCCCAUCAUUGAUGUCAUCAGCGAUGAGACCUUUGAAUACAUGGCAGGCUCGGACAUGACAUACGGUGGCUUUAACUGGAAGCUGAACUUCAGGUGGUACCCUGUUCCUCAGAGAGAGAUGGACCGACGCAAAGGAGAUCGCACUUUACCCGUCAGAACUCCCACCAUGGCUGGCGGUUUGUUUUCCAUUGACCGAACCUAUUUUGAUGAUAUUGGCACCUAUGAUCCCGGGAUGGACAUAUGGGGAGGAGAGAACUUAGAAAUAUCUUUCAGGAUCUGGCAGUGCGGCGGCUCUCUGGAGAUCGUCACAUGUUCCCACGUAGGCCACGUUUUUCGGAAGGCAACUCCUUACAGUUUCCCUGGCGGUACCGGCCAAGUUAUCAACAAGAACAACAGACGACUGGCUGAAGUCUGGAUGGAUGAAUUCAAAGACUUUUUUUACAUCAUAUCACCAGGUGUGGUCCGAGUGGAUUAUGGAGACGUAUCUGCUCGGAAGGCUCUGAGAGAAGCUCUGCAGUGUAAACCUUUCUCCUGGUAUCUGGAGAACAUCUACCCUGACUCACAGAUACCCCGCAGAUACUACUCUCUUGGAGAGAUUAGAAACGUGGAGACCAACCAGUGUGUGGACAACAUGGGAAGGAAAGAGAAUGAGAAAGUUGGUUUUUUUAACUGUCAUGGCAUGGGUGGCAACCAGGUGUUUUCCUACACAGCAGAUAAAGAAAUCCGGACUGAUGACCUGUGUCUCGAUGUAUCUCGUCUGAAUGGCCCAGUCAUCAUGCUGAAGUGCCACCACAUGAAAGGCAACCAGAUGUUUGAGUAUGAUGCUGAGCGCCUGACCUUGCUACAUGUGAACAGUAAUCAGUGUUUGGACAUGCCUUCGGAGGAGGAUAAAAUGGUUCCCACAUUGAGAGACUGCAAUGGUAGCCGCUCGCAGCAGUGGCUCCUCAGAAACAUGACCUUAAGUAUGUGAAGUGGAUGAUAUGAAAGAGCCAAGCUAAAGUCACAGGAUCACACACGGUCAUUACUGAAGUGUGAUCUGGCCUUUAACCUGCACUUUGGAUCUUUACAUGUCUGUUUGAAGCUCUCAGACUUUCAGCAUUGCAGAUGUGUUAAACUGUUCAUAUCUCGGCUCAUUUAGCACGCAUGUAUUGUCCUGUCGUCGUAGCUGUGCACACGCGGUAUACGAUAUUUCACCUGGACGGCUGCCAGACAAAGUGUUCUCAAAAUGGACCUGAAGCAAUUUGAAGCUCUAGUUAUUAAAAUACUGACACGAAGAAAAGAAAGAAGACUUUUUAGAAACUUGUAGUGGUUGUGGGGAAGUUUUUUCGCACUUUACAUCAAAUACGCAUUCGUAAUCAUGCAUAGCUUUAUCGUCUGAACCUUUAGGGUCCUCUUCGUCUCCUGGCACUGAAAUAUAAUAUUACAGUACAAUUACAGCUACAGUACAGAUGGCAACUUCUGGGUUCAACCAGAGUGGAUUAUAAGAUGAUGGUGUUUUUUUGAUUUUCCUGCAACAUCUGCUGAGUGUUUUCUCUGGUGCUCUAAUUGGGUAUUGCUGUUUGCAGAUUUUACAGCUUUUUAUAUGUUCUCACUCUGCUUGAAUUUUCACUCUUAACCCUUGGGAUAUGUGGGACCACUCUUAUGACAAGCAGAUCAUUCUGCCCAGUCGAACACUGAGUGUUGGGGGGUGUUGCA